AUGACUAUAUCAGUUAAAUUAAGAUUUUUAAAUAGUGGGAGUUGCGGUAACACCAAAAAUAAUGAUAGUUUGGAGGGUUUCGAACAUCUAUUAGAAAUAGGUUCCAAUAUCAUUGGAAGAGGAUCUCCUACAUUUAUUAAUGAUACUCAUAUUAGUCGAAAGCAUGCAGAGAUUGUAAUAUCAAAGGAAUUGUCACAAGUAACCUAUACACAGUUGGGUCAGAAUCAAGGUAGAUUGACAAGAAUCGCUGUGGGUGAAGUCAAUGACGAGCUUGGUGGUGCUGCUGCUGCUGGUAGUAGUGAUGAACAAGCGGCAGUCAAUUCCAUAAAGAUUACUAAAGGAUUAUCUUUAGUACUGAAGAACAACGAUCGAAUUACACUGUAUGAGAAUGGUAUCACAUUGCAAGUGAUCAUAGAAGAUGACCAGAUGGAACCAAUGCAGACAUCAAUCGAUGAUGAAUGUGCUACUCAGGUAGAUUCAUUCGAUCUUGAAUAUCAUAAUAAUAAUAUAGAUGACAUUGAUAACAAUGAUAUAACAUCAAACAUUGAAAUAAACAAUAGCAACAACAACAAUAAUAACAAUAACAAUACCAAUAAUAAUAAUAAUGAUAUUGUUGUAAAUAGAAAACAACUUCAAAAGAUACAUAAACAUGAAAAUAAUAAUAACACAACAACAACAACAAAUGUUAUAAUAACACAAAGUUUAAAAAGAGAUAGAGAAGAAAACUAUGAAUAUUCAGAGAUAAAGAAAACAAAAGCUGUACAUAAUGAUAAUAAUAAUAAUAAUAAUACAGUUAGCAAUAGCAGAAAUAAUAAACCAGAUUUAUCAAAUAACUCAUCGCCUGUAUAUGUUGAAGAUGAUACAAGAAUCAACCUGCAAGAAGAUGAACUUGUAUUUAUAAAGAGAUUGGGUCGUGGAUCCUGUGGAGAGGUCAGUCUAUACGAUUGGCGAGGUACUCAAGUAGCUGUUAAAAUCAUCUAUAAAUCACUGAUACACAAAGAUAAGAAUGGUGAAUUCGAGAAGGAAACAUCUAUUCUUAAAUGUCUUAGACAUCCAAAUGUUGUAUUAUUUAUGGGAACAUGUUUGCUAAAAGGUAAUCUUGCAAUUAUAACAGAGUAUUUGAAUAGAGGAUCACUUAGACAUGUGCUGGAUGCAAAGAGUUCGAUUGGAUGGAAUAUCAAAGUGAAGAUAUUCACCAACGGAAACGAUCAGGCCAAAACAUUCUGUGGAACACUACCGUGGAUUGCACCUGAAGUGUUUGGUAGCGCCGGUUACUCUACAAAAGCUGACAUCUUUAGUUUUGGAAUCGUACUAUGGGAGAUCCUUACUCACAAAACUCCACAAGGAAAUGUAUCAAACACUGAAUCGGGCUUACCUGAAAUGCCAUCAAACUGUCCUAUUCCAUAUGCUCAACUCAUUAAGGAUUGUUGUUCAAAGAAUCCAGAAAAUAGACCUACAUUCCAACAGAUUAUUGGUAGAUUGAAAUCAAUGUUUGUUAUCAACAAUGAAAAUAAUGAAAAUAUAAAUAAUACAAAUGAAAAUAAUGAAAUAAUACAAAAUAAUAAUAAUAAUAACAAUAAUAAUAAUAAUAAUAAUAACAAUAUAAAUAAUCAGAAUAAUAGUAAUAAUAGUGGUGAUGGUAAAGUUGAAAAACAAAGUUUAUUCAAUUGGAGAAUAGAGCCAUCGGAGAUAACAGAGAUGAAUUUCAUAGCGAAUACAGAGAACUAUAUAUUGUAUUCCGGUAUCUAUACCAAAGAUCAACAACAGCACAAGGUACAUAUUAAACAGAUGCAAACAACUGCUCUACAGGAUUUCGAAAAGAAGGAGUUGGACAUACUUGCCAACUUGAAAUCAUCGAUGAUCUUCAAGUUCUAUGGAGUGGUCUAUAAUGCCAAUGAAUAUGCAAUCGUCUCUGAAUACACUCCAAAUGGUACAUUACUCUCCUCCAUGAAGGACAAAGAGCAAUCCUUCACCUGGGAACGAACGUUGGAUCUUGCCAUUCAAGUAGCCAAAUCGAUUAACGCACUUCAUCAUUUCACUCCAAUGAUAUUACACAGAGGAAUAACGAGUGAAAGUUUUGUAUUCGAUAUCAAUAAUAAUAUAAAGAUAACAGAUUUUGUACUUUCAAGAUUUAAUUUACACGAGAAUAUGGUAUCAUUAGGUCAAAUCAAAGGUAAAUUCAUUUAUUCUCCACCAGAGUUAUUUUUGUCAAAGAAAUACAGUUCUAAAUCAGAUGUUUAUAGUUUUUCAAUUGUGUUAUGGGAACUUAUACAAAGAUGUAUAACCAACGACUAUCAAAUUCCAUUUUCCAACCUUAAACUUGACUAUGAUUUUCAGAUUAUACAUCAAACUUCCAAAUCAAAAAAGAGACCAAUCAUUGACGAAACAAAGACACCACAAUUAUUGGUACAGCUACUAAAACAAUGUUGGGAUGACAAUCCUGAGGAUCGUCCAGAUCUCGAUAAAAUUAUCGUUACACUGGAAUCUAUUAAAUCGAAAAUAUAA